AUGGCCUCGCAACCGAGCUUGAGCGGGAACUCCGCCUCCAACCCGAUCGGCAAGCUUCAAACUGGACCGGAUGCGCUGCGAAAGGAGGCCGAGUCCUCGGACGAGUUCGAGAAGCUGCAGGAGGAGGCCAAGAUCCGGAGGCUACAAGCAUUGGCAAGCUCCGAACCUCUUUCCCGCAACCUCGGCGCUUCUGCUAACACCCAUAGCUUCCUCGACCCCAUCUUCCAGCCGUUGUUGGCCGAGGACGUCAACGCCAACUCCACCCUUGGCCAAGUUGCCGCUCGUCUGGGCGAGGCCAGGGGAAAGCUCGAAAGACUGGGCAUCUUUCACCCCGAUCCCAAGGUUCAUCUGAACGGCUCGAACCAGACCGACCCUUCGUCCACCCCGACCGAUGUCGACGUAGACGUCGUCGUCAAGGAGCUUCCCCGCUACAAGUUCAACGCUGGAACCGAUGUCGGAAACAGCGAGGGUUCCGCAUUCACCUCUCUGCUCUGGCGCAACAUUUUUGGCGGUGCCGAGCAGCUCACUGUCAACGCCAGCGCCGGCACAAGAACCCGUUCCGCCUACAGCGCCACGCUCAGCGCGCCAGUCAAGAGCAACCCUGAUACGAGAAUUGCCCUCGAGGGAUUGGCCUCGGCGACCGACAAGUCAUGGGCAGCUCACGAGGAGGUCCUGAAGGGCGGCAACCUGCGCUUCUCUUGGCUGUCGGGUCCCAAGGAUAUGCACUCCCUCGAGUACUCGGGCAUCUGGCGUCAGGUCACCGGCCUGCGUGACGGCGCCAGCCCCACAGUCCGCGCCGAUGCGGGCGAUUCCGUCAAGAGCUCCAUCAAGCACACAUACCAGCGCGAUGAGAGAGACAACCCGCAACUGCCGCAAAGCGGCUAUGUUCUGAAGUCCGUCUCCGAGCUGGCCGGCUUCGGCCCUCUGGGCGGUGAUGUCGCCUUCUCCAAGAACGAGGUGGAAAUUGGUGGCGCCGUGCCCAUCCCCAUCCCCGGCGUCGACGGACCCUCUGGCAUCUCUAUCGGCGGAGGUCUCCGAUUCGGCAUGCUCUACCCUAUCCCUCUUGGUUUCUCCUCGGGGGGCAAGGCCCAGCCCAGCCGCAUCAACGAUAGGUUCCAACUUGGCGGUCCCACCGAUGUCCGCGGUUUCCAAUACGGUGGCCUCGGGCCUCACGACGGACCGGAUUCCGUCGGCGGAGAUGUUUUCGCGGCCGGCAGCGUGAACAUGCUCUUUCCUCUGCCCUACAAGGGCCCCGACUCUGCCCUCCGCUUCCAAGUAUUUGCCAAUGGUGGCAGACUCGUCGCAAUGAAGAGCAAGGCCAAGGGUGACGACGAGUCGCCCAAGGGCCUCGAUGCCGGGAGCGUCGCCAACAGCGCGUGGAAAGCACUGAACGACCUCGCCACAGGUCUGCCGUCGACUGCCGCCGGUGUCGGUCUUGUUUACGCCCACCCCGUUGCCCGUUUCGAGCUCAACUUCAGUCUUCCGUUGGUGCUGAGACGCGGCGAGCAGGGCACCAAGGGAUUCCAGGUUGGUGUCGGCAUCAACUUCCUGUAG